AUGGGGGCCCUCAGAACCGUUGGUCUGGUGAUACUGUUGGUCUCGGUGUUCACCUUUAUCGCGCUGUUUGGCAGGCUGCCAGCUUUCCGGAAAACUCCGGUCGCCUGGCUCCAUCGGGCACUGUGGGUGUACUUCCCGAAUGGAAUUGCCGUUGUCGAUAAUCGUUUGUUCGGCGGGAGGAUAGUACGAUGCUGGAAUCGAUCUGGCAGCUAUGUACUGAAGGAGAACCACCCGCUCGUUCUGAUCUUCUUUACCUCCUUGCUGGUCAUUGGAGAAGGGCUCUUUGUCCCGGCCGCGUGGCCUCGGCUUUCGAGCAUACAUCGAGUCUGGGUACCUGCAGCUAUCAUCUUGCCAUAUUUUCUGCUCUACAAGUGUGUUGUGACCAAGUCAUUUAUCACGGCAGAGAACCAUGAGGAAGAGAUGAGACGCUAUCCGUACGAUCGAGUCCUUUUUCACCCCGGGCAUCGAUGUAGCACCUGCAAGUUCCUCAAGCCAGCGCGCAGCAAGCAUUGCAGCUUCUGUCAGGCCUGUGUUUCUCGACAUGACCACCACUGUGUAUGGCUGAUGAACUGCGUCGGAGCCAACAACUGCGUGUACUUCAUCUCGCUUUUGGUCUCCCUUUCUGUGAUGUUGAUUUACGGCUCCUACCUUGGUCAUUCCAUACUCUCUGAGGCGCUGAAGCAAAUGGUUCCGCCAGAAAUACAGGAGGCCAUGCAAGGCUGGACAGCCUGGAUCAACACAUGGGGUAUUGUGAUCACUGCUAAUCCCAAGAUUGGGACAGUAUUCCUACUGAUGGUUAUGACUGCCCCGCUGGCAAUAUCUUUCCUGGCAUACCAUACGUAUCUCAUCUGGGCUGGGGUGACAACUAAUGAGAGUGCCAAGUGGUCUGAUUGGAAAGAUGAUGUGGAAGACGGCUUUGUAUUCAAGACAAAACUAAGUCUCAUCUUCGACAGGUCCCUUCCUAUGGAUCUAUAUGAUGAGCUGUGGCCUGUGCAUACUGACCAAAUCCUUGUCACUGAUGAAUAUCCUCCAACUGAAGGAUGUUUAUUGGCGUCCGACUCCAAUUGCAUUGCCCAUCGCCGGCAUCAGACUUACCUCCUGACCCUCGAUGGAAGCGACUCCGCACUAUGA